GAGCAGGCGAGGGCAAUGAGAACGCGGCUCGGGGAAGAUGAGCUCAGGUGAGAGCGAGUAUUCAGAGGGAGACCGGAACUGACUCUUCGCUCAUUGUAAAAUAAUCAAUUUGAACCCCGCUGACAGAACACUCGUGUGGCUGGCACUCCACAAUGGAUACCAUGGAUACCAUAGAUAACCGCAAACUGCUGAAGGACCAGCCGUCUUGUUAUGGUACAGUACAGCACGCUGGGACCAUCAUCUCCAUGGAGGUAACUGGAUACCAGCGAGUACAAUGGCGGGUAAUUCUCUGCCAUAUUCUUACUGUGCUGACAGUGGGAAUACUGUGGGUAAUCUUCCACUGGAAGCCAGUUCUGGAAGUGCUUGCCAAGUGCCAUCCCUGCCACUUGAGCCAAUCUGACUGGGUCAUAAUCAAGGAUUCAUUUAACCAGCAGUUUGUAGCCAAAGUUUGGACAGAAGAGAUAGAGGAUGACUGUUUUCCUCACCCAGUUCAGCCUAGUGAAGAUGAUAACAGAAUUAAUUUAGCCAUAGGAGUGCUUGAAGAUGAUUGGAAGGACACUAUUCAACUUCAGAAACAGGAGGAGAAAAAUGUGAUUCGUUACUACAGUUUUGAGGGUUUACGCUACAUUUGGAUUGAGAAGAAACAAAGCUUCUGCAAACUCAGCAUUCUUGAAGAGGUGCUAACAUGUGGAGACAUUCACAGGCAGCAGCGGGGACUCAGCAGACACAAUCAAAACACAAAAAGACAGGUAUAUGGACCAAACGUGAUUGAUGUGCCUGUAAAGUCAUACUUCAGACUAUUAAUUGAGGAGGUGCUGAACCCUUUCUACAUUUUCCAGAUCUUCAGUAUUAUACUUUGGAUCACAGAGCAAUAUUACUACUAUGCAGGGUGCAUCCUGUUCAUCUCAAUAAUAUCCAUUGGUAUAUCCCUAUACCAGACACACAAGCAAAGUGUAACACUGCGGGAUAUGGUGAAGCUAACGCUCAAUGUGCGAGUCCGCAGAGAAACUGGAGAAGAGGAAAUGGUGAAUUCUCAGGAUUUAGUACCUGGUGACUGCAUUGUGAUCCCUGAAGAUGGGAUUCAAGUCCCAUGUGAUGCAGCACUUCUAACUGGGGAGUGUAUGGCCAAUGAGAGCAUGCUUACAGGUGAGAGUGUCCCGGUGAUGAAGACCCCUCUACCUGAUCAGGAUGUGAACUAUUCCCCUGAAGAACACAAACGGCACACACUCUUCUGUGGAACUCGAGUCCUCCAGUCGAAGAACUACAGCAUGGAUCACCAGGUGGUGGCUGUAGUAGUGAGAACAGGCUUUAGUACUGCUAAAGGAGAACUGAUCAGUUCCAUUCUGUACCCCAAGCCUCUGGGAUUUAAAUUCUACAAAGAUGCUGUGAAAUUUAUCAUCUUCCUUGCAGUACUUGCUUUGAUUGGGGACAUAUACAGCAUUGUGAUUCUAGAGAGGCAGAAGGUGUCUGUGGGGCGACUGGUGAAACGUGUCCUGGAUCUGAUCACUAUCAUUAUUCCACCUGCUCUCCCUGCAGCUAUGACUGUUGGGACUAUCUAUGCCCAGAACAGACUGAAAAAAUAUGGAAUUUUCUGCAUUAGUCCGCCACGCAUCAACAUCUGUGGCAAACUAAAACUCAUUUGCUUUGAUAAGACAGGAACACUUACAGAAGAAGGCCUGGACAUCUGGGGGGCUGUACUGGUAGGGGGCAAGACCUUUGAGCCAAUUGUUCAUGACAUCCGGCAUGUGAGCGGUCCAAUGCUUCAUGCGCUGGCCACCUGUCACAGUGUCACCCUUUUGAACAACGAACCAAUUGGUGACCCACUCGACCUGAAGAUGAUUGAGUCAACUGGUUGGAUUUUGACAGAUGAUAUUACAAAGUCUGAUAUUGUUUCAAGAUUUGGAAUGAAGGUUGUGUCUGUCGUAAAGCCACCACCAUUGGAAGAACAGCCUUAUGGGAGUAAACAAGAGUUGAGUUUGGGGAUUCUCCGUCGUUUUCCCUUUGCUUCAUCGCUGCAGAGGAUGAGUGUGAUCAUAAAGAGGCCGGACAAAUCGCCAGUGGAGGUGUACAUGAAGGGUGCACCUGAGAUGGUUGCCAGCCUUUGUAUAAAGGAAACAGUUCCUGAUGAUUUCUCAGAAGUGUUGAGGUACUAUGCCAGAGAUGGAUACAGAGUUUUGGGAUUUGCACACAAAACACUGAGUCAAGACAUUACGUUUGAGGCAGUACACAAGCUGGAAAGAAAUUCUUUGGAAAGCGAGAUGACAUUCCUGGGAUUCCUUAUUAUGCGAAAUAUUUUGAAACCAGAAACGACGCCAGUCAUUGGCAGCCUGAAUCGAGCCAAUUUUCGGACUGUGAUGGUGACAGGAGACAACAUGUUGACAGCUCUAAAUGUUGCCAGGAAUUGUGGGAUGGUAGGUUUGAAGGACAGAGUUAUUUUUGCCAAUGCUUCCCCACCCUCUCGUGAUAAACCUGCCUGUGUGAAGUUCCUGCCAUCAGAGCUGGCACCAGACCAGCAGAAUGGAACAGAGCAGCAACAGCCUGGGAACCAUUCUUUGGAGCAGUCUUAUCACUUUGCACUAAAUGGAAAAUCUUUUGCAGUGGUUUAUGACCAUUUCCCAGAUCUGCUACAAAAGAUCCUGAUUCGAGGCACUGUUUAUGCUCGAAUGGCUCCUAAUCAGAAGACACAGUUGGUGGAAAGCUUACAGAAAUUGGAGUACUCUGUGGGAAUGUGCGGAGAUGGGGCCAAUGAUUGUGGGGCUCUGAAAGCUGCUGAUGCAGGAAUCUCUCUCUCAGAGGCUGAGGCCUCGGUGGCAUCCCCCUUCACCUCAAAAAUAGAUAACAUUGAGUGUGUACCAAUGGUGAUUCGGGAAGGUCGAGCCUCUCUCAUCACGUCCUUUGGAGUUUUCAAAUACAUGGCCAUGUACAGCAUGAUCCAGUUUGUUUCUGUGCUAAUAUUGUACACGAUCAACUCGAAUUUGGGUGAUUGGCAGUACCUGUACUUUGACCUGGUUAUCACUACAACUGUGGCUGUCCUCAUGGGUCGAACGGGACCCGCAAAACAGCUUGUGGCACAACGACCUGUGGGGAGUCUGAUCAAUGUUUCAAUCCUGGGCAGCCUGCUACUGCAGACCUUAUUGGUCAUAAUGAUUCAGGUCCUCACCUACACAGUCACUACUGCUCAGAACUGGUUUGUUCCUGUAAAUGCCAGUUCUUCCAGCAACAAACUCCCGAACUACGAAAACACUGCUUUAUUUUGUGUGUCUGGGUUCCAGUACCUCAUCCUGGCAACAGUACUUUCCAAGGGACACCCUUUCCGCAAACCGCUUUAUUCUAAUGUGCUGUUCCUGGUUGCAUUGAUUCUGCUCUACGCUCUGAUGGUAUUUCUGACGCUUUACCCACUCCAGUUCAUCCGCCAGAUUAUGCAGCUGAUGCUCAUCACUGACCUGAAGUUUAAACUUUUGCUGCUGGGAUUUGCAGCAUUGCACUUUAUCACUUCUCUUCUAUUUGAGACAGCCAUAGACAGCGGCUUACUAAACCAGUGCGUACGGCCCUUCUGCAAGAAAAAGCAGUCCAAAAAGCUGUAUAAAAGACUCGAGAAAGAACUUUGCUACAAUUCUGCAUGGCCUCCUCUUAAUGAAGUUAUAUAUGCUGAAUCAGGGAGGGUCAUCCACUUCGAAUAACAUUCCACAGAAACCAGCAAAGGGAACAAGGCCAGUUUUUAAACCAAAAAAAAUGCUACCUAUGAGUUUGUGCAUCAAAUGGCGUAAAAACAAUGUGCAGCUGGAAACAAAACUGAAAGCCCCCAUAAAGUCUGGGAGGAAAAAUGUAUGGUAGGUUAUGAAUGGACCAGGCCAGAAUUUUCCCUGUGAUUACCAUCUCCCCUAUUGGGUAUGAAUGACGGGACAUUGAGGUAACUCUGUGUAGGACAAACUCAACUGUUUUUUUGGCAUUGUAUAAAAUACUCCAAGUUUUAUUUACACAGACUGGUUUCCCCAUAUUGUGGGAAACUGGGUUCUGAAGUUUGUCUCUAGUAACUGUUACGUCAUUAUUUAUUUAUACACUACACUUUGCAAAUAUCUUUAACCUAAAAGUAGUGGGGAAAUGCAGGUUGGGAUUAAAAUAUUGAUGGGGUGGGUGGGCAUUCAAUCAUUUUUCUUUUAAGACUUACCAAGCUGCAUUGUUAGAUCCAGGUGGGUUAACUCCAAUCUGGAUAUUGUUGUUUCAUUAAACUGACACAUGAAUGGUGAAAGUUAUCUUUGUUUUCCAAGUUUAAAAAAAAAUUCUUUCCCCAGCCCAUAUUUCCUCUCUUUCACCUUGAAAGUGAAGACCCAAACAGAGGUACAGUUCCAUGGGUACUUGUAGCCCUCAUGUACCUAAUUAGUGGCCAUUUUCACAUUAACCUAGAUUGUGUUUGUGGGGGGACUGGGGUGAACAUGCUUCUUCAGUUUAACCUGAUCCUACCGUCAACUGAAAACUUUCCAAGAAGUUGGAACAUUGCUUAAUUUCUCCCCCCAACCCCUCUGCUUCUUCCUGUAGUCCAUGGUAUUGAGGCCAGUUAUGGAUUCCUGCCAUCAGACCAAUGGUUAAACCUGUGGCUGGUUGGUGUAUUUAUUUCCUCAGUUAUUAUGUGAAUGAUUUGUGCCUACUGUGCAAAGACACACAGCUGCAGUUAACUGCAAAUGACAGCUUGGUUCUUGCCAGAGAAGGGAUUAAACUAUAAAAUGGGUGAAGUAAUGAAUACUGUAAGAUUAUGUCUAAAAUCUAAGAUUACUGCAUUUUUAGUGCAGAUAAAUUGGGAACAAAUUAUUUUGGAUCCAAUAAGACAAUUAAAUGUAAGCAGUUACAAUAAUGCAAUUUUAAAAAAUAGAUCAUCUCUAAAUCUAGAUUGUUGGUGUUUUACAAAAACUAGGAGAAUUUUCAAGGAAACAAAACAACAAAAAUGUAAUCAUGGUUCCAGAAAACAAGUUGUAAUUGAUUUAACUCUGUUCAUAGUGUUGUGGAUCUGGAAUAUGUUCAAGCAUGUGGAGUGGAUAAGGUUCAGUUAAUAGUGAUCAGCUUUGCUGGUUCCCUUUCUCACUACAGUCUGUUACAUGUAUGGUGGGGAAAAUGAUCAUCCACCAUCAUUGGCAUCACCUUGUGCUACCACAGGAGAAAAGGAAAAUCUGCAGGGCAAUGAUCUCCAAGAAUAACUUUGCACAAACAUGGAGUAUUAUAUCUGUCAAGAGGUAACAUCAUAUGUCCGGUGUCAACACUCUACUUCUCGAGAGGUUUGCAAUUCUGAUAGUGCAAGAUGAUCUAAUCUCCCUUGGCUGCUCUUGUGUAAAUGUCAUCCCAACUUCAGGCUCUGUCUUAUCUGAGAACAAUCCUGAUCCACUCCCCUUGCUACAUUUAACCAGUCUAAUACAUGUAUAAUAUUUUUGACUUGUACAAAAACUGAUUUUGUAUUAGUUUUUAUAACAAGGUGGAAAAAAAACUGUACAGUUUACAGGAUUUUUCUGUUACAUUUUGUGCCACUUUUACAAAGAGCAUUCCUGCCAUGCAAAUGCUUUAUCUAACUGUACAGUAUACAUAUAUAUAUAAAAAAAAGAUUUUA